AUGGAAGGGCUGCCUGCGUCCCUGGGUGGCUCGACGCAGCCAAGCAUGUCACUCUCUGAUAUCCUGCAGCAAUCGCGCAAGCUCACAAAUCAACUCGGACGUGACUCUGAUCUGCCACCGAUCCAACUAGGUAUUGACCAGAUUGAGAGUCAGAGCCGCAAACUCGUUAGCAAGAGUGUGCGUGGUGGUAACCCUGCUGCUGAUGCCCGAGCUCACUAUCUUUUGGCUAGCGGUGGCAUCGAUGCUACUCAGCUUUCGAAUGCGAUUCAGCAAUCAAACAUCGCCAAUACAUUCGAACCGCUUCAGCCUGUGUACGAUACCGACAUGGACGGCUUUAUUCGUCACGAGCAUGAACAGGUCAUCCUGAGCAUGAUUGAAGAGGGCCGCCGUAGUGCACAAGAAGACUUUCAGCAGGAUUUGAGCCGGAGUCUGCAUCGCGAUUGGCAGACCCGAAAGCAACGCAUUCUUGAAGAACUAGGACAGCAUCGCACGCAAGACAACAGCAGCCAGGCUUCGUUCCGCCGAUCGGUGACGGCAGCGCCUCCUAAAGAAGCUAUGAGCGAUACCAGUAUCGCUCAGCAUAGCCGCAUGAUUCGUUAUGAUACGGUCAUGUCGCGCUUGAAUCGCGCACGCCUGGAUGGCGAGUCGAUGCCUUUGAUCCAUGCAUUUAUGGAAACAGUGGAAUCAUUUGCUCAAGAGCCCUCAAGGAAGCAUGCUCUACUCGAUGCGUGGGUCUCGCUCAAGUACAUGGUGCAUGAAACUCAGGCAAAGGGCGCAGCUGCGCCCGUGCACGCUCGUGAGUAUGCCCCGGUGUACAUGGACGUGCAUACGUUCCAAAGCUCACCCGCUGGUACGGCACUACGUGAAAAGUGGAUCCGUGGCGCACGCAGCUUCCUUGAGACCCAAUUUUGCGAGUAUGUUGAGCAAACCAUUGCGUCAAAUCCACUCAAGGCCCAGCGCGGAGGCGUUCCUAGCGCUCGUGCCACCGCCGCCGCUUUUCUUCGAGUGCAGCUCCGGAAUGCCGAAGGAGCAUGGCCUCCGACACUUUCGCGCCCGCUCGAUGCAGCGACUCAGUCACCUUUGUGGGCUCUUGUAUUCCAUCUCGUGCGCAUGGGUCAUAUCAAGGAUGCAUUGGCCUGUGUCCAAGAGAAUGAGGAUGCUAUCCAGGCAACAGAUGCUUCAUUCCUUGCUUUUUUUAAAGCUUGGGUGGACGACCCCAUGCGUCAUUUACCUCGCAGUAUGCGUGAUCAUUGGAUGGGCGAGUAUGUCACGCGCUUCCGCAAUGUCGUGCCUGAUGACCCGUACCGAUAUGCUCUGUACCGCAUCAUGGGUCGUUUCGACGUCACGAAAAAGUUUCCUACGCCUUUAGUACUGAGCACAGAAAACUGGCUUUGGCUCCAGCUGUGUCUUAUUAGCGAAACGCCCGCGGGCGAUUCACAUGCACCUGCACUUCAGUCAUAUACGCUGCAAGACUUGGCUAACAAACUCGAAAAAUACGGCGAAGCUCACUUUGACCCUAAGGGCCAUCGCCCCCUGCACUAUUUCCAGCUGCUUUUACUGGUCGGCCGCUUCGAGAAUGCCGUGGCGUUCCUCUGCUCCCGACCCGCCUACCAGGUGGAUGCUGUACACUUUGCCAUUGCACUGACGUACUAUGGUCUUUUGCGUGUCUCCAGCGCUGCUCAAGCUCCGUCGCUCGAUCUGAUCUCGGUCUCGAAUCACGUAUCGUACAUCGACUUGGCCAAGCUGCUUCGCCGUUACAUCAGCUCGUUUGCACAAACGUCACGACGAGAUGCUCUUGCCUAUAUGAGUGUACUGUGCUUGAACGCUGAUUGCCCUUCACCAGUCGGUCCCGAACAAGUGGAGCGGUGUCAUGAGCAGGUCCAGGCACUCCUCCUCGAUACACCGACCUCUGCGCUUGUUGAUCUCUUAGGAGACAUUCGGUCCGACAAUCUCAUGACCCGCGGCCUCAUCGAACAGGCUGGUCCGCUCCUGCAUCUUGCAGACCGCUCGCUAUUGCUGUCCAAGAUCGUGCAUGUCGCUGCCGAGCAGUGCGUACAGGAACAGCGCAUGACGGAUGCUAUUCUUCUCUUCAAUUAUGCACAAGAGCGCGAUACCGUCAUGUCGGUCUUGAACCGCGAACUUGGUGCAUUACUCAUGGAACCAGCAGACUUAUCCGACUGGACAGCUCCUCUCCAAGAAGGCACGCUGCCUUUGACGUCGUCGACUCACAUUGUGCUGCUGGCGCGUGCUGUGUUGGCCAACUAUGAGCAACAGGGACAUACAAGCGGUCAAAUGGACGUGUGCCGGACGUUGUUGGGUUUGAAGCAAGCUGCGUCGCUAUACCGCUCGGAGCAACUGACCUCGGCACUGCAGGUGCUGGAGUCCCUGCAUGUACUGCCGCUUGAUACUGAAUCUCGUAAGGACGUUGUGUCUAUUACUCGCAAGGCAGAGUCAUUUAAGCUCUACGAUGACAGCAUCACGAUGAACUUCUCCGAUAUUGUUCUGAUGGCAAUGAACCUAUUGUACAAGCUGCAUCAAUCAUUGAAGGAGAGUAUGGAACGAACCAAUUCAGUCGUCUUGUUCGAGUACCAGAGUCAGGCACGUGCACUGAUGAUGUGGGCUGGUAUGCUGCGCUUCCGUAUGAGUAAUGAGACGUACUGCCAAUUAACACGCCUGGACGUAUUUAUUCAUUAA